AGUGAUUUCUAUUCCAAAUGUUUGAUAAACAAUUUUAAAAUAGUUUUUAAAAAUAUGGAAAUUAAUAUAGAAACUGCGAUAAGAGUGUGCCCUUUGCGUUACGAUAACGAAAUAAUAUGUAUCCAACCAAAUGUCUACAACAAUACAGUUCAAUUUGGAAACAAUCAAACUUAUCCAGUUAAUUAUGCUCUUCCAUUGGACUGUUCUCAAAACGCCCUUUUUAGUUCGACUGUCUCACCCCUAAUUAAUUACUUUUUCGAAGGCUGCGAUGUAUCAGUUAUUACUUUUGGUCAGUCUGGUACUGGAAAAACGUAUACCUUGCUUGGGCCAGGUUUACAUUGUGCUUUGAGUGAAAGUGAAUAUGGCAUAAUCCUUCGAUUUUUAAGGGAAAUAUAUACCAAAAUUUCUCAUCACACAGAAAGAACUUCUAUUGUACGUAUAGCUUGGACUGCAAUAUUUGGUGAAACUAUUCAAGACCUCUUAAGUUCUGGAAGUGUGGAAUGUUCCAGUGUCAGUGAAGCAUUUGAACUUAUUCAACUUGGAUUAUCAAAUAUUACAUCUCGUUCUGUUCAUACCUUGUUUACAGUAACAUUAGAACAGCACUGGGUAAUAGAAACUGCAACACAGCAUCGUAUUUCCACUGCCAGUUUUAUGGACUUAGCAGGAUGUGACAAAAUUAUGAUAACUCACAACAAUAUGGUCACUCAAAGUAUUCCUACUGAUAGUGGUUUACUUUCGCUUCAACAAUGUGUUUGGGCUCUUUCAGAAACACCGUUUAAUGUGGGAAAUAUUCCAUAUAAUCAAUCAGUAUUAACAACUUUAUUGAGAGACUCAUUUGGUGGACGUGCUAAAACAGUAUUAAUUUGCUGCGUUUCGCCAUUUUUAAAAGAUUUUUCCGAAACGUACUACACCUUACAAUUUGCUUUAAGAGCUCAAAUGGUUAAAAACUUUGUUACAUUUAAUUCAUAUACAACAUACGAUACUGCUCAUGACAACAUUGACUACUUUGGAUUGCAGUUUGCAGCUAAUCAAUUAUUCAAACUUGUUGUCAAUGCAGAGGACUUAUUUAAGAGCCUAGUUGUUACAAAUACAUUGACUAGAAGUCAAAUAGAUCAAAUUUCACAAUGGCUUAUGUUAAAACAGGAAUGUGAAGAAUGUUUAAGUGAAACAUCAGAACCAAGAAGGUCAUUAGAAAUAAUCGAGGAAGAAGAAGCAGAAAGUUCAAGAAGUGAAAGUGAAGAUACAGAUCUAGGUGAGAAGGAGAAAGAAGAAGAUGAAUUUGUUGAUGAUGAUGAAGAAAAUAUUUCUGAACGAAUUAAGAAAUUGAUGGAAAAAUUUAGAUUUAGUACAAAUUUAGUUGUAACAAAUAUAAACACUGCCACACAAGGAGAAAGGAUCAAUUCUCAAGUUAAAGAAAGCACCAUUCAUUCUAAUAAAACCUUCCACAUGUUGGGAGCUAGAAGGAGAAGAGGAAGCUUACAUACUCCUUUAGAUUUCCCAUUUUUACUUUCAAUGAGUACUUCUCAUAUAGAAGACAACUGUGAUUUAGAGAAUUCAAAUUCAGAAUCAGAUAAUUUUGGAUUAAAGGAUUUUUGCACUAGCACUGAAGAAUGUGAAAAGCAAAUAGAAAAAGUAGAUAAUAACUCACAAAAAAAAGGAAAAUUCAUACAAGAUGUAUUUAAAAGCAAAAAUUCUAAAAAUAAAUCAAAAGGCAAAGUGGAACAAUUACGAAAAACAAAGCAUAACUCUCAUGUUAUGGAUACAAAAACGCUCACUCCACAAACCAAAACUAAUCAAGAGAAAUUAAAAACUGCAGAAAAAAGUAAAAUAUUUGAAAUUGAAGGUAACCCAAGCAGUUUAAGGAAACAUGUUAAUAAAUCUAAACAAAAAGAAAUUUGCACUAAACAUAGCAAUCAAAUUGACUCAGUUAAAAGAUCUGACAAUCUUGAUGACACUAACAAAGAGUUAAUUACAUCUCAGGAUUUAUGUCUUACUAAAUAUGAGAGUUUGUCUUCAAGUUGUAAAUCACAAUCUGAAUACUCAACAAACAGUAAUCUCGAUAAUCUCCGGCACGAAAUAAGAAACUUAAGACGUACUCGUGAUUAUUUAGUGGAACGUCUUUGUAAUAUUGAUACAAAAAUGAAUAAACGUAUUCUAUCAGAAGAUGAGGAACGUAAAUUGUUGCAAUAUGAAGAAGCCAUAGGUGCAAUUGAUUUCGCUAUUGAAUACAAAAACCAAAUUAUGUGUGGCUGUGCAACUUUAACUUCAAAGCCAUCUCCAAAAUACGAGGAGUAUGCUGAGAAAAUGAUGAUAGAACGUUUGCUUAAGUUAAAUGACAACGAAAUGAGAUCUUUACUCCAUCAAUAUUUUGAGAAAGUGGUUGACUUACGCUUUAGUAGCAAAAAACUGGAAGUUCAAUUAAACGAAAUGGAAGCCCAAAACGAUUCGCUGACUUGUCGAGUUCAAAAUUUAACACAAACUCUUCAACAAGUAAGACAACAACACGAAGACAAACUACAUCUUAUGAUGAGACAUUUUACCAACGAAGAUGGCAACGAAAGAAAAUUCUCGAGGUUGUUUGAAAGGUCAAAGCAAGCUGCCCUCGCGCUCCAAGUUGCUCAAGGACCGGGAAAACAGAUCGACAAAGGAAUUAUCGCAAGAUUUACGCGAUAUGCCAGACAAGAAACUGUUCCCCGUCAGCUUCAAGUUGUUAACACUCAACCCCAAGCCAAAGUUACUCGGCAGAAGAAUAAAUUAAUUAUUCAACAAAAUAAUAAGUAGCUUUAUGUUAAGCAGAUUUUUAAAUUGUGAUUAUAGAAUAGUAAUUUUUCAAUUAAAUUUG